UCUCGUUGUUUGCUCGCAGCAGUGAGUGAGGCAACCCUCACACAAAUGCGAAGGUCUGCAGCAGGCGAGGGCGGUGCUGGUGGAACUGCAUCGCCAUUCGCAGCAGUGACCUUCAUCCGGGCUCCCUCUUCUCGCUCUAGUAGCAGCACGAGCCGUUCUGGUGGCGCGGACGGGAGCGAUUCAGCUGGCGCGGUGCAGAGCAGCAUGCGCAGCUCCUUCACGCUCUUGCCCACCCAAGGCGCAGCUGGACUGCGGCAAGCACGCCGUCCAAUACUGCAGGAUCCGGCUCGCGAAGUCGCUGCGGCUGCAGCUGCAUCCGCCAGUACUGCGGCAGCUGGAACACCCGCGCAAAAUUUUGGCGGGAAACUGUUGGAGACCCUGUCACAGCCACAAAAGCCACAGCGAGCCAGCCGCGCGCGCAAACCUGCCCCGCGCCAAGUGCGGCCAGCGGUGCCGGAUGAGCAGCCCGCCGGGACUGGCAACCAGGAACCGAGUCGCAAGCGAGCAAGGUUGACGAAUGCAAACCAUUCGUCCACACAACCGGGCGCGCAUGCACCGCCAAACACCGCUGCUUCGACUGCUGGUGUCGGAGUCUGGCACACACAAGCAGCAAGCUCUGUGGAAGCCAUCCCGUGGAGUCAGUUUGCUGUCCCAAACCGCCGUGGCAACCAUUCUCAACCCAAACGUGUCCAGGAACACGCUUCCGCUUCGGAUCUCGAGGAUUCUCUCAAAGAAGUGGACUCGGGGCACUUCCUCGAUAGAAAUUUCGAUGAGGAUGACGAAGAUAACGACAUUGACUACCACCCGUCAGAGUCGGAGGACGAUCAAGAGUUGGACUUGACAGAUUGCCUCGAACCCGAGGAUCUCCUGGUAAUCCCUCAGCACGUGCGCUCCGGUCUCGCAUCUGCGACCUUGCUGGCGAAUAGUGGUGCUGCCCAGCAGCCGAUGGGGCAACCUGGUGCUGUCUUUGGCGGCCAGCUGCGCUCGGACCAAAUCCCCCGCACGCGACCUCCCAGUCCUUUGGCCAUUUCGGUUUACCCAGCCCACUAUCAAUACGGUGGCAACGCCGGCGAUACACGCGACGGCAUGGCGCCCACCAGCGAGCGACUGGCCGAGCUUUCCGCGCUGACCUCGUCCAAUCACCUGGUGCAAGACACAUUUGCCCUGUCAAGCAGCGGCCUCCUCCCUCCUGCGAGCCAUACCGAAGGUGGGGGCAUGCACAAUGAUAUGCUCGCCGUUCAGGAUGUCUCGUCGACCAACGUGGCAACCUACGAUGCGCAGCCUUCAAUGCUCAGCAAUCAAGCAUUUUCAGUCACUUCAAGCCAAGCCCUCCAUUCGUGGUUGGAAUUGAUGGGGCAGGAAGCACACAUGGGCCAGCGGACACGAUCUCAUCGCAAUCCCACGACAAAUUUAUUCGAGCUUGAAACUGCAGCCGUUGUCGACAGCACAACCAACCAUUCAGAUACGAACGGGGCAGAGGACACUGAUUACCGGCAGUUCCUAAGCUGUCUUGAUCGUGGGGAGCCAUUGGCGGAUGACGACGAUGACGAUGAUGAAGAUUUUGCCUCCAACUGGAUUAACUUGGAUCCUUUGAGCUUGAAUUUCCUCACUGGCGCUGACUCGUCGCUUCCGGUUUUAACAAAACCCCCUUCGUCCAACGAACCAUUGGUGCUCCCUGCGACCACUUUAAUGGACGACAUCUUUAGUAGUAGUAGUACUGGCCCGGCUGUUGUUCAACCGGCUCAACCUGCAUCCAUCGCCAUUCCCAGCAUGCAAAGGGUUGGCCCUCCUGCGCCGCCAGCUCAUGUGCUUCAGCCUCUCGUUGAACCCGCGCCCCAUGCACCAGCGCUCGUUUUUCAUACAGCUCCGGCCCCGACUGUGACAACCCCGGUCAAGGAAGUGAAAUUAGGUCGCAUGCGCGCGCAACCACGAAGCAUUCCUGCCUAUGUCAGCAUGUGGAAUGCUCAGACGUAUGUUGCGACUGGAAGCCAUGAGCAGUAUCUCGCAAUGCUUUCCCGCAUCCGGCAACAGUACCGGCAGCACGUGCAAAGCUUGAUUCAGUCGCUGAUUUUGUAUUCUUCCGACCCGGCGUUCCAAUCGGCGGCCGAGGCCGUGCGAGGCAUGCUCGCCCAAAUCAUUGAGCAAUCCCCCGAUCUCUUUGGCUAUCCUCGCAUCUGGGCGGUGCCCAUUUUGAAACGCUUACUGGUCUGGCCGCUGUGGCUGGACACGGAGGCUCUCGAUCCAAACAGUGCGGACAAUCCAUUCCGCGUGACAGGUCCCUCAACGGCGCGCCUGAACGUCCACGCCGGGCCUCAGCGCCGCGUUCUACUCAUUUCUGCGUUCGUCCUGGGGCACGUGCUGUUUUUCACGGAUUACUUGGAACGAUGGAUCAUGCCAUUGUGUGAUCUAGAUCCACGCCUUUCUGCUUUGACAGGAGAUCGCGCCUCAGGGGAUGAGGCCGACUCUGACGGCGAGGAUUCUCACCUUAACAGCGCGCGGCUAAAGUUCACUCUGGGCGAAGAUGUACUCCUAGCCAUGGGUGUGCUCCAGCUCUGUGAUCAAACCACGGCCAUUACAAAUCGCGCCGUCAACUGGCCGGCUGUCUCGUUUUACUUUGUCCCAGGCAAAACCCCUCGGCAAUUGCAGAUGCGGUUUAAAAACCGCCAAGCACGCGUCUUCCAUCACACUGCCAAGACGCCGAAUCCCAUUCAGCUGCUUGCCCAGAGCUCCAACGCAUGGUCCAAGUUAGUCUCGACCGUGAAUGGACUGAUUUCCCAGGCUCCCGAGCCAAUCUACCCGUCGGAAAGCAAGGCCAUGUCUGGGCUGAAGGACGCGCUGACGUACCGCUACUCGCUUGGGUAUAAACGCGCUUCUUCCGUGACGCCGGCCGACCCACAGCGAUCUGCUUCCGUCGCCCCGUCGCCGUGGCAUCUCGCUCCAGCGUCGUCUCAAUUCCAUGCCCAGGCACACGCAUUGCUGGCGCUCAGCUCCUGGGAACCAGCGAGCAGCAGCACUGCAGCCGCUCCUCCUGCCGCUCCUCGUGGACGACAAGCGAAUGGCCCUCCUGUCGCAAGCCAGCGCAAAAAGUCCCCUUCGUCCAAACCUCCCCGUGCCCCGAAAAACGCUGCCCCGCAGCCUGCUACUGCUUCCCACUUGGCGGCGGCGGCGUCGCCAGCAGCAGCGCCGCGCAAAUCGCUCCAGAAAGCCGCAUCGGCAUCGCCAGCUGUUGUCGUUGCUGCAGCGAGUUCUGUCGGCAUUCCUCCCGUCCCAGUCGUUCAAAGUCAACAAGAGUUUGAACACGCUCACCUGGAUGCGAGCAGCGAUGAAGAGGACAACGGCCACCCACGGCAGCGGACGCCCAUGGUCGAGACCGUGCGCGAGACAUAUGCAUUGCAGGACACUCCUGAGCGUGAAACUGGCGAGUCGGCGAGACUCCAACUCCAAGGCGGCAGUGCGGGGAUGCGCGUUGCUCGCUCGGCUCGAAAAUUAAAUGCAGAUGCAGCAGAUGAUUCGGUCGCAUCAGUAACCACCACCGCCACCACGGCCCAUUCUUUGUCACCGCCUCGCCCCUCGCCACCACGGACGAUGCGUUCGGUGCAACGGGUCGAUACAGCUCACACUCCUGCCUUGGCUGCUCUGUCCGAGCUUUCCACAGCAGCAUCUGCAUCAUUGACUGCCAACGAACUCCACCGCACUUCCCCGGCUGGGGCGAUGCAGGAAUCAACACCUCCAGCCCGCACGUCUCCCAGAUUGGCAGAUCGACAGUUGCGACGCGUGAAUCCGGCGGCAUUCACACCCAAGACAUCAUCGCCAAUGCCAUUGUCUUCCAGCGACACCUCCGUCAAGUCGCCCGCAGCAGCAGCAGCAGCAGCAGCAACAACUGUGCAGUGGUCGAAAGACGAGAGUCGUCAAAUUCUCAAGGCUGCACAAGAGUCGACAACCGGUCUCGGCACGGAGACUUGGCUGAGAUUGAUCAACGAGGGCAAGAUUGUCGGCAAGACCGUUCAGCAGAUUGAAGAGCACUUUUCGGUUUUGUGGAAGAAAAUCGUCAACCUGAACUGACCCAAUCUGCUUUCUGUAUUUUGUAAUAUUAGAAUUGGUUGUG